UCCGGCCUGAGAAAACGUCGCGUUUCUGAGGAGACACCUCGACUGGCAGUUACCACCGUGCUAGAAGCCUCCGGACCGGCCACCUGCAUCACCAGCGUCACCAUGGGGGCCGUGCUGGGCGUCUUCUCCCUCGCCAGCUGGGUUCCCUGCCUUUGCAGCGGCGCAUCGUGCCUGCUGUGUAGUUGCUGCCCCAAUAGUAAGAAUUCCACGGUGACUCGCCUCAUCUAUGCUUUCAUUCUCUUCCUGGGCGCUGCUGUAUCCUGUAUCAUGCUGACAGAAGGGAUGGAAUCACAGCUGAAGAAGAUUCCUGGAUUCUGUGAAGGGGGGUUUAAAAUCAAUGUGGCUGAUAGAAAGGUGGAUAAAGAUUGUGAUGUUCUGGUCGGUUAUAAAGCUGUAUAUCGGAUCAACUUUGCCAUGGCCAUCUUUUUCUUUGUCUUCUCUCUGCUCAUGUUAAAAGUAAAAACAAGUAAAGAUCCCAGAGCAGCAGUACACAAUGGGUUUUGGUUCUUCAAAAUUGCUGCCAUUGUUGGUAUCAUGGUUGGCUCUUUCUACAUCCCUGGGGGCCAUUUCACCACAGCCUGGUUUAUUGUCGGCAUGGUAGGGGCCUUUUUGUUCAUCCUUAUCCAGCUAGUGCUGUUGGUCGACUUUGCUCACUCUUGGAAUGAAUCAUGGGUAAAUCGAAUGGAAGAAGGAAAUCCAAGGUGCUGGUAUGCUGCUUUGCUCUCUGUCACCAGCGUCUGCUACAUUCUGUCAGUUGUCUUUGUCAGCUUGCUCUACACAUACUACACCAGACCGGACGGCUGCACAGAGAACAAGUUCUUCAUCAGUAUUAACUUGGUCCUUUGCUUUGUGGUUUCUAUUAUAUCCAUCCAUCCAAAAAUUCAGGAACACCAGCCCCGGUCUGGUCUCCUGCAGUCCUCUCUCAUCACCCUCUACACCAUGUACCUCACCUGGUCAGCCAUGUCCAAUGAACCCGAUCGUUCCUGCAACCCUGGCCUGUGGAGCAUCGUUAAGCACAUGACUGCACCAACCUUGGCUCCUGGAAAUUCAACUGCUGUAGUCCCUACCCCUGCUCCACCCUCAAAGAGUGGGCAUUUUUUAGAUCUAGAGAAUUUUAUUGGGCUGACAGGCUUUGUUCUCUGCCUUUUGUAUUCUAGCAUCCGCACUUCCAACAAUAGCCAGGUAAGUAAGCUGACCUUGUCGGGAAGUGACAGCGUGAUCCUCCGUGAUACGGCUGCCAACGGUGGCAGUGAUGAAGAAGACGGACAGCCUCGGCGGGCUGUGGACAACGAGAAGGAAGGAGUGCAGUACAGCUACUUCUUAUUCCACUUCAUGCUGUCCUUGGCUUCCUUGUACAUCAUGAUGACCCUGACCGGCUGGUACAGCCCUGAUGCAGAGUUCCAGAGCAUGACCAGCAAGUGGCCAGCUGUGUGGGUCAAGAUCAGCUCCAGCUGGGUCUGCCUCCUCCUCUAUGUCUGGACCCUUGUGGCUCCACUUGUCCUCACCAAUCGUGACUUCAGCUGAGCCUCUGAGAAUUCAUAAAGGUCUGCUUUGCCAAAAGCCCAUAUCUGUUUUACUUUUGCUUCAACUAAAAUACUAAGUGAACGCUUUGCAAAUGUGACUAUAUCCAAGUUUAUAUCAGAGAGCAAGAUUACAUAAUGCUUGAUGCAGGAUCUGAACUUUUCAUUUAUAUGUAUAUUACGUUUAUUUGUAAAGAUAUAGCGCGAAGGGAACAUUUUGCGUUUUAAAGUGAACUACAGCUGUGCUGUGAAGAGAGUUCUUUAUUAAGAUCUGUAGGAUCCUACAACUUUGAUUUAAAAUGUAAGAAAAAUGUUGGUUAUUUGAGGCCAAUCGUUAAUAUAUUUCUAUUGCAGUCUCCUUAUAAAGCAAAAAACAAAACCCACCAUUUCUAUGACAGGUUUUCUCUGUGAAAGUCUUUAUUUGUGUGAUGCAAGCAAGCAGUGUGUUCAGCCCUUCAUCCCCCACGAGGUGUGGCAUUGGAGUUCUUGGGGGGAGGGGUGCAUGCCUCUGGCUCCUUUCCCAGACGGGCAGGGUGGCUGACCCGGCUAACUGCUUCUGCAGCUUGGGUUAGUUCGUUCGGUGGUGGACGCUAGAGCAGUGAUGCCUAAAGCAGCUGCAGCUUUGCCAGAAGUGUUCGUCUCCAUAGCGCUUUGUAGGUUUGGCGAAAAUGAAGUCACUUGGGAAAACAGUGCCACUUUAGUCUUUAUGUCAUUAUCUUGUUAUGAGUAUGUAAAAGUAAAAUGCAUGUGAAUUUAUUAUAUUUGCACUAUAAAGGUAUUUGAUU